AUGAACAAAUACAUCUUGCAGGACCAUUUACCGAAAGCCAGUACAGAGGACUCUUCGGUCACAAUCCUAUCUAUCUCAGGCAUAGAUAACAAGGCGUAUAAAGGAUCCCCAAACCUAUGUCACCAGCCCCUGCAUUCCAACGCGUACGAAACCGAAUAUGGGAUCGAACUACCUGGUCAGCGUUCAAUCCACGAGGAUGUUGAACAGGAUAGACUAAACGGAGGAUGUCGGAUAUCCUUUGAUACAGCGCCGGGAAGCAAAGGAUAUCAGGAUACUCUGAAAACGCAAAAGGAUCAGGCAGAUGGACAGAAACAACUGGAAAUCACUUGUCAGGUCCUGGCGGCGCUGCUGAUUUCGCUGGUCCACCUGGGCAUCGGCACCACCUACGGGUUCUCGGGAGUGAUGCUGCCCGAGCUCACCGACCAGGGCGAAAGCGACCUCUUCCUCAACGAAUCACAGGCAGCGUUCCACGAGGGCAAUUCAUAUCAAGUUGACUACUUGCCGUCACUGUUCAGUAUAGUAAGAUGUAAACAUAAAUUGGUCUAUUACAAGUCUCCUUAUACUGUUCAUAGUGAACAGCUAAUAUAUCAGCUCUCCACUAAAGGCAGUCUGUCAGAUCUUGGAGGUUUCUUCGGCUCUGUCCUCAGCAUGGUGUUGUUGAUGAGGCUUGGACACCGCAUGCUACUGCUUCUUGGUCUUCCCAUCAGCACUUGUGCUUGGCUCGGUCUUGCAUUUGCACAAACCCCGGCGAUAUUGCAGACCAUGCGAUUCAUUGUGGGUUUAACCGGAAGCUUCACGUUACCCGCCGGAAAUAUGUAUAUUCUAGAAGUUUCUCACAAGACGCUUCGUGGCCUCCUGUUCGGCUUAGUGACAACCAGUCGGCAAGCGGGGGUUCUUCUCGUAUAUGCUAUAGGCAGUUUAGGGUUGGGAUGGCGCACCACAGCACUCAUAUGCGCCGGGGUUGCCAUCCUUCCCGUCGUUGGCCUUCUGUUCUUGCCCAAUUCACCACGGUGGCUGAUUACCCAGGGUCUUCUCGCUGAGGCUCAGAAGUCACUGACCUUUUACAGAGGCGCUCUUUAUGAUUCAAAGCCCGAAAUGAAGGCCAUCACGGACCAAGUAGGAGAAAAUGGUCCAGAAAAGAAUAGUAUAAGGGCCCAGUUAAGGAUAAUGACCGAACCAUCCACUCUGAAAACCUUCCUUUUACUUCUCUUUAUAUCUCUGCUUUACAAUUUCAGUGGUUAUAACGUGCUGAUAGCUUAUAUCGUACCAAUCUUACAAUCAGCUAAUAUAAAUAUGGACGCUUACGUGAGUGCCAUGUUGAUUGGCGCCGUUAGGGUAGCGGGCACAGUUGUCCAUCUUAUUGUAGUGGAUCGAAUGGGUCGAAAACCGUUACUAGUAUCGUCGUACGUAUCGUGUGCCCUUUGCAUAGCAUGUCUAGGAGGUUAUUUCUACUUUCAAAGUACUUCUGCAUACGUAAAUUACUUCGGCUGGGUCCCUCUGACCUCCCUUGUUAUUUUUGUCUUCUUCACCGGCGUGGGUCAGCCUGUAAUUUUCAUCCUACAAGGAGAACUGCUUCCUACUUCCUUCCGCGCAACAGGAGUGUCCUUAAUCCUUUGUCUCGUCUUCCUAGGGAGCUUCGUAGCUAUUAGGACGUAUUCCUUGGCCUCAGCUUUUAUGGGGGAGCAUGGAACGUUCUGGUUAUAUGGUGGUGUUUGUUUCGUUAUUGCUCUGGUAAGUGCUUUUAGUUUGCCAGAGACUCGAGGUCGUUCCCUUGAGGAAAUCACGCAGAGAAAGUAG